AUGUUCACCAAAGCCCUCCUCGCCUUCGCGGCUCUCACCUUGGCCAAUGCCACUCCUCUUCACCUUGACGACUCCUCCCCCACCUCUCCACAACCUCCAACCUCAACAGCCCUCGGCUUCGCCCUCGUCGCCAACCUCACUGAUCCCGACAUGGCCCGCAACCUCUUCCUAGACGACAUCAACCACUGGUCCCUACGCGGCGUGCACGUCGGCGCCGGCCAAAGCACUGCCGUCCUCGCCAAGCCCAACACCACUGCAUCCGGUUCCUCUGCACACACCAUCGCCGAAAGAUCCAGCUCCGGUCCCCACCAAAUCUACUACCAAAACUCCACCGGCGGCAUCUCCCUCGACAGUUCCAACCCCUUCCCCCUUUCGAUUCGUCUGGGCGGCAUCUACGACUCCGACUUUCCCUCCGUCCUCUACCUCGGCAUCUUCUUUGGGCUUUCCACCCCUUCCAUAUCCAUCUCCUCGCCAUCCGGCCACCCGCGCCUUUUUAUCUCUUCCGCUGGCGCUGAUUCACCCCAAGCUGACCAACCCACUGCUCCCGGGUCGCCCAUCACGGAUAGCGAGGCACCGGAACUGUAUCAGCGCGGCACGUUCAUCGUGUGUAACGAGACAGAUCCGGUUUAUACGAGGCCGCAGUACCCGGUUAGGUUUGUCAAGUCGAACGGGGAUGGGACGGUUAGCUUGCCGGGUAAUUGCGCGAGGAUUGAGUUGCUGGCUGAGUGUGGGGUGUUGAGGUAUUUGGAUGGGCAAGGGAUGGAGUAUGGACAGGAUAAGCCGGGGGUUGUCUCAUGUUUUGAUGGGGACCUCUGA